AUGACCAGUGUUUUCCAUUUGAACCAUUUGUAUCAUGUACCAACUCUCUCCCAAACAACAACAAAAACAUGCUUGUUGCUCCAGGUGGCCGGGGGUCAAGACCUGGAAAGCGCUGCCGAAAGUCCACUUCUCACCGGCCGGGUGGUCGCACAGCUGGCGGCGGAGGAGAAGUAUCGGAAACCGCCCUAUGUCACUGCACCAGGACUCACCGGGCGCUUGUGCAUCGUGGCCGAAACAGCCCAUGACCUCCAGCUGCGUGACGGUGGUAUGGAGGGCUCCGUGGCGCGAGAAGUCUAUGGACCUGAUCGCUCCCCAGCACCGUCGAUCCGAUCUUUGGGCUUCCUAGGCCCUGGCGCCCUGAAGGCGUCGCUGCCGGAGAGCCUACGGUUCCUGGCGGAGAAAGGGGGGCCGUUGGCGAACGAGGAGGCUGCUCCGGGCUCCAAAGCUGGCCCCUCUGUCAUCGAUGCGCCGCGGCCAGCAAAUGCGCCUUCCAGCGCUCCAACAGGCGGCCCGGGCAGCGCCGAUCUCUUAAGCAUGGAUGAGCCACAGGUUGCGCCCAGUGGAGCCAAUUCCUGGGAUCCGUUUGAAUCAGGGCCCGCCUCGGCUGCUCCAACUGUCGCAGCUCCAGCUGGAGCGGCACCCUGGGAAGCCUUUGGCGGAGGUCAGUCGCAAAGCCCUGCCACAUGGGACGCUUUCCAGAGCGGCUCCACUCCCAGCACCGGCAGCAGUGCCCAGGCGCCCUUUGACCCCAAUGCAGGCUGGGCAGCUGGAUUCUGGGAGUCCUUGGAGAUCGAUUCCGACACCGUGAUGAUCAAAGCCGCAGAGGAUCUCAUGUCCAAAACCAUGGCGGGAGUUGGGGGCCCAGCUGGGAAGUGCGAUGCCAGUUACGAAGAUCAUGGGGGACCACCCUGGGCAAAGGGCCCAAGGGCCCAGAAGCAACGGAGACGUGCUUCCUUUGCUCGGAGAGUGUUGCUGGCGACGAGUGUCGCGAGCUGCCCUGCAGAGCAGUUGCUCAUGUGGAAUGCUUGCAAGACUGGUGGAAGCGGUCCCGUGUGCGGAGCGCGGCAAGUGGGCGAAGCGCGAAGUGCGGUUCUACAGUUAGACUGCUCCAAAUGUCACAAGGUCACGCACGAACCGGUUGCAAGUGACACGAAAGGUGUUUGGACGACCGGUCAUGCCGGUUGCAACCACCGACCAGUAGCCGCUGUCGCCAACCUCUCAUUGGAGCAACGCCAGGAACCGUGGCACGCCCAUGGGCCUGAUGUAGACGCAAAGCGUGAAAUGGCCUUCAGAUGGGCUCUUGCGAUAUCAGUUGACUUGACCCAUGAUUCAGUGUGCCCCAAAUGGAAGUUGGCAGCCUACACAAGUACUGGGGGCCAUGCCCUACGUAUAUACGCCCCAUGGCAUGUCUAUCCAGUGCUUACCCGCUUGGACCUUUUGGAUCCAAAGUACAGCGAUAGUGCUGUGCUGCCGUUUGCAGCGCGAGGCGUCCGGACCAUGGACGAUGAGAAAGCUGAGGCGAAGAAGGCGUCGCAACCCACCUCUGGUGGCCUCGGGAAUGUGGUGAAAUUGGUCGUCAAAACCUUUCUGGAGGAGAAACAUUAUCGACAGCUCAACAGGAUCCUUUCGGCACAAUGGGCUGGCACACACUCUCUAACGGCGGUGGUUAGAUUGAUGGAGGCGCAUGGCAUCAAAGUCACCCCCGAGGAGGAAGAACGGCUUCAGGGGCUCUCGGAGGAGCGAAUGAUUGAUGCCUUGGUCAUGCGCAUGCCAAACCAAAGCCGGGAACAAUAUGAACAUUUCUUCCUGCAGCUCUCCUUCAUCGCAUCCACGAGCACUAGAUUGCGGGCUGCCCUGGAGACGGGCAAUCCGGAUGUGGUGGAAGAAGCCCUGGACAGCGCGGAGAAUGUGGGGGUCUUGCAAUACCUCUUGAGAAUGGCUGUCUCGCAUGCAGGUUCUGAGGUGCAAACCAUCGGAGAGCUGCACGACCAGUGGCUGUCAGACACCGAAAGAAGGAUGAUGCCGCUGCUGCAAGCGCAGGCGACCCAGAUGGCCACCCAGAAGUCCCUGGCACAAGCGCGGGCGCUGAUUGGUGGAUUUAUGACUCAGACCAAGGAGUGUGGAGGGGGCUUCCUGACCAAGAUGCUGGAUAGUUUUGAAGAGGCAACCUUGGUCCAGACCUUUGUAGGUUGGAAGGAGCAUGUCAAGUGGCAGCAGCGAGAAGCCGCGGUGAAGAAAGAUUGGGAGGAGAAGAAGGCUGAAGCUGCAAAGAGGUUGAACGACUACAAGUCAGCACAACGUCAGCGAGUACAUACCGUAGUGUACAAUGGUAUCAAGGACAAAGAAUUGGCCCUCCUCGGGACCUGUUUCGCAGCGAUGUUGGGGGAGGCCAUCAACAGUAAGGAGUCCAAGACUACUGAAGCAGAGGCUGAGGACCUUGUGAGGAAGUUGCAGGGCUUCGCCGAUGAAGCUGCCGUGAAGGCCAAGAAUGUCUUCAGUAGGAUGACCGAUGGCAACAUUGAGGGACUGAAGGCCUUCACCUUCAAGGCUUGGAUGGACUUCAAAGUCAUCGAGAGAUCUGAGCGAGAGAUCAAUGUUGCCCUUAAGGACUCCGUAGAUAAGUUCGCUGCCUUCACCGCGAAGCAGGCUGAAGGAGCCAAGGCCGUCAUGCAGCGCAUGUGCGGCAACAGCGACAUCAGCCUCAUUCAGCUGACCAUGCAGGGCUGGCGUGAGGCCAUCUUAGAGCAGAAGCGAGAAGCUGAAAUGGAGGAGGUCAACAAAACCAAGAAAGCGACCGUGUCCAACUUCGUUGCGAGGAACAAGGGCUCUGCCAUGAUCGCCAGCGAACGUGCGGCGUACUGGCGGGAUCAGGAGCUCACCACCUACCUUUUCUGCAUCUGGAAGCGCGAAUCCAAAGUGGAGCGCAUGCGUCGAUAUGGCAAAGAAAGAAACGAGAAGCGGAAGAAGGACUUGGUCAGCGUCAAGGGCCUUUUCAGGAGCUUUGCCAGCGAGCUGGAGAGCAGCCUCAAGCAGGGCACGCCCCGCAUCGAGGCUGCACCCAGACGUUUGGGGCAAACUGGAUGAAGGUGGCGACUCCAUCGUUUCACCCAAAGAUGCUGGCAAUGCCCGGUAUUUCUUCUGCGAAGGGCUGCCACGCCCGAGCAGACCCUGGCCAGUUGGUGGUUGGGAACGCUUCAAUGCAGUGCCCAGAAAGAUGCG